AUCUAGAACUCUACUUCAUUUACUUGAAUGGAAUGGAAUCUGGCGAUCAGCCUGAUUACGGGUAUGUGAAGUCCUUAUUGAAGUUCGCUGUAGAAGAGCGCAACUUCCAAUUUGAUGGCAUCAUCUCUGAAGAGCAUGCCAGACUUCAGAAGAGAAGAGUCCAAACAAGGAGGGCGGGGGAGAAGAGGAGGAGACUGGCAGGAAAUCAAUCGGUACAGAUGAGAAGAAGACUGGCUGCGAACAAUAAUUUAGUUCAGAGAAGGAGACUGCUGGCUGCUGCGAACAGGAGGCAGUCGAGAGAAACGCCGCGCCAAGAGUCAGCUCAGGAGGUGGCUCUAUCGACUCCUCCUCAAUCAAGCCUGCUGGCUCGCCUGUGGAGCUGGAUCCGCAGUAGGAUAUAACGUAAUAUAACGAGUGCAUUACACAUCAUCCUACCCUCGUACACACAUAGAGUUUAUGAAGUAUUUAAUCCUUUGUCAAAAUUUGAUGUCAAGUACUAAUACAACUCACUAGGUGGACUAUCUUUUAAACUGAAAACGUACCUAGUUCACAAAUUAUUGAUUCCUUUGUUGACAUUUAAUUCCAAGUAUAAAUUUCACUCAAUAGGUGAACUCUCUUUUUAAUUGUAAAUAUAGUUUAGUGUGAAAUUGAGUUUAUACUUAAUCCAGUCCGGUCAAGGAAUGAUGUG